AUGAAGUUGCUGGACGUUUACCCAUGGGAGUCACCCAGUACUUCCAUCAAGGACGAGCCCGCAGAGCCAAUAUCCAAUAAGAACUUCACAGUUUAUAUUCGCAGAACGUUGGAAUACUGUUUGGACAAAGGCAUCAGAGCUCAAAUGGAUGCAUUUAAAGCUGGUCUUGAGCGCGUUUUUUCAAUGAACUGGUUGUCUGUCUUUACCAGUACCGAAGUGGGGCAUCUUAUCAGUGGCGCUUCAGGAGUCUCGUGGACGCGGGAAGAGCUCCUAGCCUACACAUCGCCCAUUCUGGGCUAUACUAAGUCCUCUCCCGCCUUCCUCCUAUUAAUCGAUGUCUUAGUAGCCUUCGACACCGGGGAGAGACGUAAAUUCCUUCGCUUUAUCAGCGGUUCCUCAAGUCUUCCAGUGGGUGGCUUGAAGAACCUUAAUCCACGUUUGCGAAUUGUUUGCAAAGACCGCAGAGAGGGACCCUAUCCCAGCGUAAACACUUGUGCACAUUACUUAAAACUGCCAGAAUAUUCAAGCGCGGAGGAGUUACGUCAUUAUCUCACGACGGCGAUGGAGCAAACAGGAUUCUAUCUCAACUAA